GCUGGGAGCGGGGCGCCCGGGUCCCCGUCUCGGGGCGGGGGUCCCCCCCGUCGGGGCCGGAGUCCGUCCUCCCGGCAGGUGCCGCGGCCCCUCCCCCGGCCUGCUCCCCCGCCGUUGCCGCGGGGACGGGGACCGGGCCGGGCGAGCGGGAGCCUCGCCCAACGCCAGGGAGGGCCGGGCGCCCAGGAGGCCGGCGCAGCCCGGGUGGAUGCCUUCACCAUGGCCGGCCCCGGGUUCCCCCGGGCCCUGCCCCGGCUCCUCUUCCUCCUCCUGCUUCCCGCCGGCUGUGGCGGCUUCUUCCCGAACAUCUGGAGCCUGGUGGCGGCCCCGGGCUCCGUGAGCCACCAGGACCUGACGGAGGAGGCCGCCCUCAACGUCACCCUGCAGCUCUUCUUGGACCGGCCCCGGCCCGGGGUGCCCCCCGUCGCGGCUGAGGACUUCCAGGGCCGGACGCUCCUGGCCGACGAGCUGUUCGCCGCCUACUUUGGAGCCGGCGCCCCGUCCCGCCGCUUCCGGGCGGCGGUGGCCGAGGUGUCGCGGGCCAACGCCGCCCAGGACUUCUUGGCGGCCACCCGCCUGGAUCCCGUCCUCCAUUUCGACGCGGAGCGGCUGGGCCCCGGCCGGACCCGGCUCCUGAGGACGCUGGAGGAGGUGCUGGGGGCCGCCCGGGCCCUCGCCUUCCCCCUGGCCCGCCGGCGGCUCGGGGCCCUGCUCCACGCCCUCCAGGACUUCUACAGCCACAGUAACUGGGUGGAGCUGGGGGAAGAUGGAGCCCACCCGGAUCUCCUGCGGACUAGACCGGACCUCCGAAACCUGGCUCGGGCCGGGGAUGAGACCUGCUCCGAUUGCGCCGGCCUGAGCUGUCCGGGGAACCUGCUGGGCUCCGGGCUCCUCACCUCGGGAUACUUCGGAGUCGACCCCCCGAAACCUCCAGGGAAGUGCAGCCACGGGGGCCAGUUCGACCAGAGCAGCUCCCAGCAUCCGCGCGGAGGCAUCAACAAGGACAGCAGCUCUUGGCUGUUCUCCCCCCACCACGCCCUGCACCCUGCGGCCGCCCGCCUGGCCCAGGAGGCUUCCAUCCAGGCCCUGACGCUGCUCCGGGCCCGGUUGGGAGACGGGGACUUCUCCAGGCUCCUGGACAUCACCCCGGCCACCGGCCUCACCUUCGUGUUGGACACCACGGGGUCCAUGGGGGAGGAGAUCAACGCGGCCAAGGUCCAGGCCCGGAGCAUCAUUGACCAGCGUCGAGGCGGGCCCCUGGAGCCCUCGCAUUACAUCCUCGUGCCCUUCCACGACCCUGGAUUCGGCCCAGUCUUCCAGACCAGCGACCCCGACGUCUUCUGGAAGCACCUCAACGAGCUGGAUGCCCUGGGAGGCGGAGACGAGCCGGAGAUGUGCCUCUCGGCUCUCGAGCUGGCCCUGCUGCACACGCCGCCGCUCUCCGACAUCUACGUCUUCACCGACGCCUCCCCCAAGGACGCCCACCUCAGCAACCGCGUGGAGGCCCUGAGCCAGGAGCGGCGUUGUAGGGUGACGUUCCUGGUGACGGAGGACCCGUCGAGGUGGAGGGCCCGUGCCCGCCGGGAGCUCCUGCCCCCCGAGAGGUUCGACCCGUACGUGGCGCUGGCGGCCGCCUCGGGAGGCGAGGUCAUCUUCACCCAGGAUCAGCACAUCAGGGAUGUGGCGGGCAGCGUCGUGGGGGACGGCGCCGCGGAUGUGGUGACCCUCCUCCAAGUCCGGACUCUGGGGGGGCCGGGGACCCCAGGGACCCCCCUCAGCUUCUGGGUGGACAGGCUGGUCACGGAGGUCGUGAUCCGAGUCUACGGGGAGCUCAGCGGCUUUUGCCUGCGGGACCCCACGGGGGUCCGUCAGACGGAGGCGGAGGGCCCGGGCCCCCUGGCUCGCACUCGCCGCUCGGGCCAGUUCUGGGCGGCUGCGCUGCUGGACCCGCCGCGGCCCGGCGCCUGGGGGCUGGAGGUGACCGCCACGGGGAACUACAGCGUCAGGGUCCAGGCCCGCACCAGCCUGGAUUUCCUCUUCUACUUCGGGGCCCCGGUGGAGGGCGGGCCUCACCCCGGCCUCUACCCCCUCAGCCAGCCCGUCACCGGUCUCCCUGCAGUGCUGCUGGUGGAGGUGGCGGGGGCAAAGGCGGGCCCGGGGGCUCCCAAGCUGAGCCACGCCGUCCUGCGGGGCCCCGGCGGCGCCGAGCUGGGCCGGGUGGCCCUGAGCCCGGCGGGGAGCCCGCGCCGGGACCUGCUGUCCGGCCCCCUGCCCCCGACCCUCCCCGCUCACGAGCCCUUCUCUCUGGAGCUGGUGGGCCGGGACGGGGGCGGGCAGGCCCUGCGGCGAGUGGCCCCCCAGCCGCUCUUCGUGGCCCCCGUCCUGGUGGAGCUGAGCCGUGCCGGCCCCCCGGGCCCGGGCCCCGCCGCCCGCCUGCUGCUCUGCGUCUCCAGCUUCUCCGGCCCCCGGGAGCUGCUCCUCACGGCUGCGGCCGACCGCGGCUUCGCCGUCCGCUCCAACCUCUCCCGCGUCCGUCUCGGGCAGAACGAGACAGCCUGGGGCGAGCUGAGCCUGCAGCCCCCGAGUUCGGUCGCCCCCGACUCAGUGGUGACGGUGACCGUCUCUGUGGGGGCCGGCCCCUCCCCGCCGGUCCAUGCCUUCCUGCAGCUGCUGGUGCAGCCCCCCGAACGGGAUGCUUCGCGGGGCCACACUUCCGUCCCAGAGGCAGCAGCUUCUCCGGUGCACGGCGGGCCGCCCCCCGAGCCCAGCGUGGGGGCCGGGUUGGAGCUGGGCACGGGGCUCAGUGGGGCGGGGGAGGCUGCCGGGAGGGGCCGGGGGGGCCUCCUGGGGGCCCUGGUGUUGCCGGGUGUCACCCUUGGGUGCCUGGGGGUCCACUACAGGAUGUGA